CCGCUUUGUUGUCGGCUCCAUGUAGCUGGGGCCCGGGGGAGGGAGGGGGGUACUGCGCCGCCGGAGCCGCCGCCGCCGCCCGCCGAGGGCCGGGACGCCCCCGCCAUGGAGGCCAACUGGACCGCGUUCCUCUUUCAGAUGUCUGAAUGGCUUUUUAAAACCACGGAAAAUAAAUGGUUGAAAAUCCACAGUUGUCACUGAAGUCAGACAGAAGUUUGGAGAUGCUCGAGCUUGUGCCAUGCCCUGAUUUAGCAGCGUAGCCACCAGGACAGUCCUGCAGUUGACUCUUCAGCAAUCGCUUCUGCAAACCAGCCCCUUAGGCUGUUGUUGAAGGUGGCUGCUGUGGCCAGGUGCGGUGCGGUAAUGUUCAGCCUACCUGUUGCAUCCCAGGCUUCAGCACAGAUGGGACGUAACAUGCAAAUAAAAGCGGACAGGCUGGCCUGGCUCCUAACGAUUCCCGCACAUGAAGCCUCACAUCACCAACAGCAGGCAGCACAGAACAGUUUGUUGCCUCUCCUGAGCUCUGCUGUUGAGCCACCCGAUCAGAAGCCGAUUCUGCCCUUACCAAUAACGCAGAAACCUCAGCCUGCAGCAGAAACAUUAAAGGAUGCUAUUGUUGGGAUUAAAAAGGAAAAACCUAAAACCUCCUUUGUGUGCACUUACUGCAGCAAAGCUUUCAGGGACAGCUACCAUUUGAGGCGUCAUGAGUCCUGCCACACAGGGAUAAAGUUAGUGUCACGGCCAAAGAAAACUCCCACCACAAUGGUGCCCCUUAUCUCGACCAUCGCUGGUGACAACAGCCGAAGUUCAUUGGUUUCAACUAUUGCAGGCAUCCUGUCCACAGUCACUACGUCUUCCUCUGCCACCAAUCCCAGCAGUAGUGCCGGUGCAACGGCUAUGGCAGUGACUCAGACAGUGAAGAAGCCCAGCAAGCCCGUUAAGAAGAACCACGCUUGUGAGAUGUGCGGAAAGGCCUUCAGGGAUGUCUACCACCUCAACCGGCACAAGCUGUCCCACUCAGAUGAAAAACCCUUUGAAUGUCCAAUUUGCAAUCAGCGCUUCAAGAGAAAGGAUCGCAUGACCUACCACGUGAGGUCUCACGAAGGUGGCAUCACGAAACCGUACACCUGUGGUGUUUGUGGAAAAGGCUUCUCGAGGUACCAUGUAGAAAAUCCCAGGCGAGCUCAAGUGUUGGCUUUUCAUAACCAAGAAGGGUUAAGCUAUCAUAGCAAGGGGCUAGGAGAACCAGACAUCUUAGAAGAUUGGCCUGAUCAUUUAAGCUGUCACGUUAAACAUGUUCACUCAACAGAGAGACCCUUCAAAUGCCAAACGUGCACUGCUGCCUUUGCCACCAAAGACAGACUGCGGACACACAUGGUGCGCCAUGAAGGAAAGGUAUCGUGUAAUAUCUGUGGUAAACUUCUGAGUGCAGCAUAUAUCACCAGCCACUUAAAGACACACGGGCAGAGCCAAAGUAUCAACUGUAAUACCUGUAAACAAGGCAUCAAUAAAACAUGCAUGAGUGAAGAGACCAGCAAUCAGAAGCAGCAGCAGCAGCAACAGCAGCAGCAGCAGCAACAGCAGCAGCAGCAACAGCAGCAGCAGCAGCAACAGCAGCAGCAGCAGCAACAGCAGCAGCAGCAGCAACAUGUAACAAGUUGGCCUGGAAAGCAGGUAGAGACCCUGAGAUUGUGGGAAGAGGCGGUCAAAGCAAGGAAGAAAGAAUGUCAGUUCACCUUUGAGAAGGCUAUAGAGUACGUACCAUUCGAAGCUGCUAACUUGUGCCAAACCUCCACUGCUGCUACUACGCCUGUGACUCUUACUACUCCAUUCAAUAUAACGUCCUCUGUGGCUUCUGGGACUAUCACAAACCCAGUCACAGUGGCAGCUGCAAUGAGCAUGAGAAGUCCAGUAAAUGUAUCAAGUGCAGUUAAUAUAUCCAGUCCGAUGAACCUAGGGCAUCCUGUAACUAUAACAAGUCCAUUAUCCAUGACAUCUCCAUUAACGCUCACCACACCAGUCAAUUUACCUACCCCAGUAACCGCUCCAGUGAAUAUAGCGCAUCCAGUCACUAUAACAUCUCCCAUGAACCUCCCCACGCCAAUGACGUUAGCUGGUCCGUUAAAUAUAGCAAUGAGACCAGUCGAGAGCAUGCCUUUCCUGCCCCAGGCCUUGCCCACGUCUCCUCCCUGGUAAAGAAUUUCUAAACAGUAUUAAAAAGGAUUAAAGUGGAAUCCUUACCAGCAGUUCUUUUUUGGGUUUUGUUUGGUUGGGUUGUUUUUUUUUUUUUUUGUUGGGUUUUCGUUUCGUUUUUUGUUUUGUUUUGUUUUAGUUAGUAAUAAAUCCAGACUAAGACACUGGGGCAACAUGCACCAUCAGAGACCAUAGUUGCAUCUUCCCCUUUUGAUUUGGCUCAUAAGGUUCAAACUUGAUUUUCACUGGAGCACUUCAUUUAAAGUAAGUUUUACCUUUUAGCUGACUGAUGCUGAAUUAGAGCAGAUACUUAUUUGCCAGAGUUUAAAAAAAAAUAAUCAUUAAAAAACAGUUUUAUGUUUUAUCCCCCAAAUUAUAACUUAGAAAAUUAUUUUAAUCUAAACACUAGCAAAGACCCCUGUAUCUUUAACAGGGUGGAUGGCUAAUUUUAACUUGCCAGUCAUUAAGUCCACUGUUUCUGAGCUAGUGUAGAAUCUUUGUCUGUGUUGAUGUUUUUUUUUAUGAGUAAAUGCAUUACAAUGUUGUCAUUUAAAAAAAAUGCAUUUUGGAGAAAAUAUGCAUUUUACCUUUGGGAAUAUGAUAAUUUCAGGCAGCAUUCCCUAUGGGAAAGGUGGUACCAGCUCUGAUAUGCAAAGCAUAUGAUAACUUAUCAUUCUAACUUCAACAUAUAAUAGGGAUUGUGACCUGAUAUUUGGAGAUGUAAAUAUUACCCAACAUAUUACCCUAAGGGAAUAUAGCAUUGUAGUCAACAUUUUUUAAAAAAACUGUUAUUGUUUGAUGAGAAACAGCCAUGGCUGAGAGAAGAGGAGUCGAAAUGUAUGUAAACAUGGUCUCUGAACAGUCAGACCCCUAUGGGACUCUUAUCUAGGAGCAAAAGGAGUGCUUUGAAACUUAAAAAAUAUUGCUUUAAGCUGGAAGAUUCUGGAGGCACUGGGUAUGAUUUUUAUGCUCUCUGCCUCUCAAUCAGAGCCUGCUGGUGUUACAGCAGGGGACAGACGUGUUAGUUGUUCACUAGAAGUUUUGUCUUAUAUUAAAUUGUAUACAGUUUUUAUUCUAACCACUAACUAGGUAGGAUGCCCCUCCAGGACAAGCAGAGAGCGUCUUUUAAUUUCUCCCCUAUUUCUUAAUCAAGUGUUGUGCAAAUCUGUUCAACUUUGUAAAUAUUUGCAAACAUCAUCAUUUUUACGUUAUUCUUCUAUUGUGUUAACACAUUUCUAUCAGUUUGUGGGAGUUCUGGGGUGAUGGUUUGGACUAUCCAGCCCAGAACUUCUCCACAAAUGGUCACACAUGUUUAAGCUACAUGUGCUUUUUAUUUCUUAACUUGUUUAUCUGUACAUAAAGUAGAAAGCAAAAUCUAGGGAAACAGAUAUACUUUUUAGACUAUCACGUCACAUAUUCACGUUUUUAAAACUUUGUUUAAAAAAACCACCCUAAACCCAAGACUCUACAUUAAAAAUAAAUAAAAAAUUACAGUUGCGAUGUUUUUAUCUUAAUGGAGUUGAAAGCUAUGGAGGUUAGCGUGUGCGCAUUUUCACAGAGUGCUAGCAGGACUGACUAGUCAAAAUGGACUGCUUCUGUUUCUACCCUGCCAUGUCAGUACAAGCAGUGAUUGCCAGGCUGCUGGCUCAGGUGACAGAUAUCUGUAUCAUUACGUGAAACUGUUCUAGGGGCUUGGACUACAUAGUAAAACAAAAACAAAAACAAAAAAAAAUAGAGCUUAGUGUAAAAUAAUUUUAUAAAUGAUCUUUUGUACUUUAGGACAUCAAAUUGUACAACUUUUGUAUAUAUAAAAGCUUAGGAACUUUCUGUUUAGCAGAAAGGCAACACAUUCCUACACUUUUAAUGUAUAUGUUUGUUAUAAUGUCCAUGUAAACAUAUGCCCUAUGUUUGUGCCUUUUAAUUAGUUUGUCUCAAUAAACAAAAAUGUAGAGAAGAA